UGCAAUGGUCUCUGCAAGAUGGUUUACUCUUGAAUUGGAGCUUUUUAAGACUGACAAAUGCCGGUACUUCAUCUUGUAUAAGUGGACUAUAAUUUCUCCCCUCAAGACUACUACAUAAGCAGACAAAAUUGCAAAGAUCUGCCCUGUAUCGAGUAUGACAGCCACGACUCAUGGCUCUCCAGUAGGGGGGAAUGAGAGCCAGGGCCAGGCUCCGGAUGGACAAUCACAGCCCCCUCUUGAACAAAAUCAGACUUCAUCGCCUGCUUCUUCCCAUGAAAAUUCCCCGGCAACUCCCCCAGAUGAACAAGGUCAGGGUGAUGCCCCACCACAAGUCGAAGAUGAGGAACCUGCGUUUCCACAUACUGACCUAGCAAAGUUGGAUGACAUGAUUAAUAGGCCUCGAUGGGUGGUUCCAGUUUUGCCAAAAGGGGAAUUAGAAGUGCUUUUAGAAGCAGCUAUUGAACUUAGUAAAAAAGGCCUUGAUGUUAAAAGUGAAGCGUGCCAGAGAUUUUUUCGAGAUGGAUUAACAAUAUCAUUCACUAAGAUCCUUACAGAUGAGGCUGUGAGUGGAUGGAAGUUUGAAAUUCACAGGUGUAUUAUCAACAAUACUCAUCGCCUGGUAGAGCUAUGUGUGGCCAAGUUAUCCCAAGAUUGGUUCCCACUUCUAGAACUUCUCUCCAUGGCCUUAAAUCCUCAUUGCAAAUUCCAUAUCUACAACGGUACUCGUCCAUGUGAAUCUGUUUCUUCCAAUGUUCAGUUGCCUGAAGAUGAACACUUUGCUCGUUCUCCAGACCCUCGAUCACCAAAAGGUUGGCUAGUGGAUCUUCUAAACAAAUUCGGCAUUUUAAAUGGGUUCCAGACACUGCAUGAUCGUUUCAUUAAUGGAUCAGCAUUAAAUGUUCAGAUAAUUGCAGCUCUUAUUAAACCAUUUGGGCAGUGCUAUGAGUUUCUCACUCUUAAUACAGUGAAAAGGUACUUUCUCCCAGUAAUAGAAAUGGUUCCACAGUUUUUAGAAAACUUAACUGAUGAAGAAUUGAAAAAAGAAGCAAAGAAUGAAGCAAAAAAUGAUGCUCUUUCAAUGAUUAUUAAAUCAUUGAAGAAUUUAGCUUCAAGAGUUCCAGGACAAGAAGAAACUGUAAAAAAUUUAGAAAUAUUCAGGCUAAAAAUGAUACUCAGAUUGUUGCAGAUUUCCUCUUUUAAUGGGAAGAUGAAUGCACUGAAUGAAGUUAAUAAGGUGAUAUCGAGUGUGUCAUCUUAUACUCAUCGUCAUGGUAAUCCUGAGGAGGAAGAAUGGCUCACAGCUGAACGAAUGGCUGAAUGGAUACAGCAGAACAAUAUCUUAUCCAUAGUCUUGCGAGACAGUCUUCAUCAACCACAGUAUGUAGAAAAGCUAGAGAAAAUUCUUCGUUUCGUCAUUAAAGAAAAAGCUUUGACUUUACAAGAUCUUGAUAAUAUCUGGGCAGCACAGGCAGGGAAGCAUGAAGCUAUUGUGAAGAAUGUGCAUGAUCUUCUGGCAAAGCUGGCAUGGGAUUUUUUACCUGAACAACUUGAUCAUCUCUUUGAUUGCUUUAAGGCCAGCUGGACAAAUGCAAGUAAAAAGCAACGGGAAAAGCUGCUUGAACUGAUUCGUCGCCUUGCAGAAGAUGAUAAAGUUGGUGUGAUGGCACACAAAGUGUUGAAUUUACUGUGGAAUCUGGCCCACAGUGAUGAUGUUCCUGUAGACAUGAUGGACCUGGCACUCAGUGCCCACAUCAAAAUACUAGAUUAUAGUUGUUCCCAAGAUCGUGACACACUAAAGAUCCAGUGGAUAGAUCGUUUCGUUGAAGAACUUCGUAAAAAUGACAAAUGGGUUAUUCCUGCACUGAAACAAAUUAGAGAAAUUUGUAGUUUGUUUGGUGAAGCACCUCAAAAUUUAAGUUCUUCUCGUCUCAGUCAAACUCAGCGAAGUCCCCAUGUAUUUUAUCGCCAUGACUUAAUCAAUCAACUUCAGCACAAUCAUGCCCUAGUUACUUUGGUAGCAGAAAACCUUGCAACUUACAUGGAAAGCAUGAGACUGUAUGCUAGAGACCAGGAAGUUUAUGAUCCACAAACUGUGAGGCUGGGAAGUAGAUACAGUCAUGUUCAAGAAGUCCAAGAACGACUUAACUUCCUUAGAUUUUUAUUGAAGGAUGGCCAACUAUGGCUAUGUUCUCCUCAGGCAAAACAAAUAUGGAAAUGCUUAGCAGAAAAUGCAGUUUACCUUUGUGACCGGGAGGCCUGUUUUAAGUGGUAUUCAAAAUUGAUGGGGGAUGAGCCAGACUUGGAUCCUGAUAUUAAUAAGGACUUCUUUGAAAGUAAUGUUCUUCAGCUUGAUCCUUCCCUCCUAACUGAAAACGGAAUGAAAUGUUUUGAGCGAUUCUUCAAAGCUGUAAAUUGUCGAGAAGGAAAACUCGUAGCAAAACGGAGAGCAUAUAUGAUGGAUGAUUUGGAAUUAAUAGGUUUAGACUACCUUUGGAGGGUUGUGAUUCAGAGUAAUGAUGAUAUUGCCUGCAGAGCUAUAGAUCUACUCAAAGAAAUAUAUACAAAUCUUGGUCCAAGGCUGCAGGUCAAUCAGGUGACGAUCCAUGAAGAUUUCAUUCAGUCUUGCUUUGAUCGUUUGAAAGCCUUUUAUGACACACUUUGUGUUUUGGAUGGUGACAAAGACAGUAUUAAUUGUGCAAGACAAGAAGCUGUUCGCAUGGUUCGAGUAUUAACUGUUCUAAGAGAAUAUAUAAAUGAAUGUGAUAGUGAUUAUCAUGAGGAAAGAACAAUUCUACCUUUGUCAAGAGCUUUUCGUGGUAAACACCUCUCUUUUAUAGUUAGAUUUCCAAACCAAGGCAGGCAGGUUGAUGACUUGGAUGUGUGGUCUCAUACCAAUGAUACAAUUGGUUCAGUACAAAGAUGUAUUCUCAAUCGUAUUAAAGCCAAUGUAGCACAUACAAAAAUUGAACUUUUUGUGGGUGGUGAACUGAUAGAUCCUGCAGAUGACAGAAAGUUGAUUGGACAGUUAAACUUAAAAGAUAAAUCGCUAAUUACAGCCAAACUUACACAAAUAAAUUCCAAUAUGCCUUCAAGCCCUGAUAGUUCUUCUGAUUCCUCAACUGGAUCUCCUGGAAACCAUGGUAAUCAUUACAGUGAUGGUCCCAAUCCAGAAGUGGAAAGCUGUUUGCCUGGUGUGAUAAUGUCACUGCACCCAAGAUACAUCUCUUUUCUGUGGCAAGUUGCAGAUUUGGGUAGCAGCCUAAAUAUGCCACCUCUUAGAGAUGGAGCAAGAGUACUUAUGAAACUUAUGCCACCAGAUAGCACAACAAUAGAAAAAUUAAGAGCUAUUUGCUUAGAUCAUGUCAAACUUGGAGAAAGCAGCCUUAGUCCAUCACUUGACUCACUUUUCUUUGGCCCUUCAGCCUCACAAGUGCUAUAUCUAACGGAGGUUGUCUAUGCCUUGUUGAUGCCUGCUGGUGCACCUCUAGCUGAUGAUUCCUCUGAUUUUCAAUUUCAUUUCUUGAAGAGUGGUGGCCUAUCCCUUGUCCUGAGUAUGCUAUCCAGAAAUAACUUUCUACCAAAUGCCGAUAUGGAAACUCGAAGGGGUGCCUACCUCAAUGCUCUUAAAAUAGCCAAGUUGUUGCUGACUGCUAUUGGCUAUGGCCAUGUUCGAGCUGUUGCAGAAGCUUGCCAGCCAGGUGUAGAAGGCGUGAAUACCUUGACAUCGGUCACCCAAGUUACUCAUGAUCAAGCUGUGGUGCUACAAAGUGCCCUUCAGAGCAUUCCUAACCCGUCAUCUGAGUGUAUGCUUAGAAAUGUGUCAAUUCGCCUUGCUCAGCAAAUAUCUGAUGAGGCUUCAAAAUAUAUGCCUGAUAUUUGUGUAAUUAGAGCCAUACAGAAAAUUAUCUGGGCAUCAGGAUGUGGGGCAUUGCAGCUUGUGUUUAGCCCAAAUGAAGAAAUCACUAAAAUUUAUGAGAAGACCAAUGCAGGCAAUGAACCAGACUUGGAAGAUGAGCAGGUUUGCUGUGAAGCAUUGGAAGUGAUAACAUUAUGUUUUGCCUUGAUUCCAACAGCCUUAGAUGCUCUUAGUAAAGAAAAGGCAUGGCAGACAUUUAUUAUUGACUUACUGUUGCACUGUCAUAGCAAAACUGUUCGCCAGGUGGCACAGGAGCAGUUCUUUUUAAUGUGCACCAGAUGUUGCAUGGGACACAGGCCUCUGCUUUUCUUCAUUAAUCUGCUCUUUACCUUUUUGGGGAGCACAGCCAGAGAAAGAGGUAAACAUUCAGGCGACUACUUCACUCUUUUAAGACACCUCCUCAAUUAUGCUUACAAUAGUAAUAUUAAUAUACUGAUUGCUGAAGUUCUUCUUAAUAAUGAAAUAGAUUGGCUUAAAAGUAUUAGGGAUGAUGUUAAAAGAACAGGUGAAACUGGUGUUGAAGAGACCAUCUUAGAGGGCCACCUUGGAGUAACAAAAGAGUUACUGGCCUUUCAAACUCCUGAGAAAAAGUACCAUAUUGGUUGUGAAAAAGGAGGUGCUAAUCUCAUUAAAGAAUUGAUUGAUGAUUUUAUCUUCCCUGCAUCUAAUGUUUACCUGCAAUAUAUGAGAAAUGGAGAACUGCCUGCAGAACAGGCUAUUCCAGUCUGUGGUUCACCAGCUACCAUUAAUGCUGGUUUUGAAUUACUUGUAGCAUUAGCUGUUGGCUGUGUGAGGAAUCUCAAACAGAUAGUAGAUUCUUUGACUGAAAUGUAUUAUAUUGGCACAGCAAUAACUACCUGUGAAGCACUUACUGAAUGGGAAUAUCUGCCACCUGUUGGACCCCGCCCACCAAAGGGCUUCGUAGGUCUGAAGAAUGCUGGUGCUACUUGUUACAUGAACUCUGUGAUACAGCAACUCUACAUGAUUCCUUCCAUCAGGAAUGGUAUUCUUGCAAUUGAAGGCACAGGUAGUGAUGUUGAUGAUGAUAUGUCUGGGGAUGAGAAGCAAGACAGUGAGAGCAAUGUUGAUCCCAGAGAUGAUGUCUUUGGUUAUCCUCAACAAUUUGAAGACAAACCAGCAUUAAGCAAAACAGAAGAUAGGAAAGAAUACAACAUUGGAGUUCUAAGACAUCUUCAGGUCAUCUUUGGACAUUUAGCUGCUUCUAGACUACAAUACUAUGUGCCCAGAGGAUUUUGGAAACAGUUUAGGCUUUGGGGUGAACCUGUUAAUCUGCGUGAACAACAUGAUGCUUUAGAAUUUUUUAAUUCAUUGGUCGAUAGUUUAGAUGAAGCUUUGAAAGCAUUAGGUCAUCCAGCUAUGCUGAGUAAAGUCUUAGGAGGUUCCUUUGCUGAUCAGAAGAUUUGCCAAGGCUGUCCACAUAGAUACGAGUGUGAAGAAUCUUUUACGACUUUGAAUGUAGACAUUAGAAAUCACCAAAAUCUUCUUGAUUCUCUGGAACAAUAUGUCAAAGGAGAUUUAUUAGAAGGUGCAAAUGCAUAUCAUUGUGAAGAAUGCAAUAAAAAGGUUGAUACUGUAAAGCGCUUGCUAAUUAAAAAAUUGCCUCCUGUUCUUGCUAUCCAACUUAAACGAUUCGAUUAUGACUGGGAAAGAGAAUGUGCAAUCAAGUUCAAUGAUUAUUUUGAAUUUCCGCGAGAGCUAGACAUGGAACCUUACACAGUUGAAGGUGUUGCAAAACUGGAAGGAGAUAAUGUAAACCCUGAGAGUCAGUUGAUACAACAGAAUGAGCAAUCUGAAAGUGAGGCUGCAGGAAGCACAAAAUACAGACUUGUGGGUGUGCUCGUACACAGUGGUCAAGCAAGUGGAGGACAUUAUUAUUCUUUCAUUAUUCAAAGGAAUGGUGGAGAUAGUGAGAGAAAUCGUUGGUAUAAAUUUGAUGAUGGAGAUGUAACAGAGUGUAAAAUGGAUGAUGAUGAAGAAAUGAAAAACCAGUGUUUCGGUGGAGAAUACAUGGGAGAAGUUUUUGAUCAUAUGAUGAAGCGUAUGUCAUACAGACGACAGAAAAGGUGGUGGAAUGCUUAUAUUCUUUUUUAUGAAAGAUUGGACACAAUAGACCAAGGUGAUGAAUUAGUAAGAUACCUAUCAGAGCUUUCUGUCUCCACAAGACCCCAUCAGUUCACUAUGCCAUCAGCCAUUGAAAGAAGUGUACGGAAACAGAAUGUGCAAUUCAUGCAUAACCGAAUGCAAUAUAGUUUGGAAUAUUUUCAGUUUAUGAAAAAACUGUUUACAUGUAAUGAUGUAUACUUAAAUCCUCCUCCAGGGCAAGAUCAUCUGUUGCCUGAAGCGGAAGAAAUCACCAUGAUAAGUAUUCAUCUUGCUGCUAGGUUCCUUUUUACCACAGGAUUUCAUACCAAGAAAAUAGUCCGUGGCUCUGCCAGUGAUUGGUAUGAUGCAUUGUGUAUUCUCCUUCGUCACAGCAAGAAUGUACGGUUUUGGUUUGCACAUAAUGUCCUUUUUAAUGUUUCAAACCGCUUUUCUGAAUACCUUCUGGAGUGCCCAAGUGCAGAAGUGAGGGGUGCAUUUGCAAAACUUAUAGUUUUUAUUGCACACAUUUCCUUGCAAGAUGGGCCAUGUCCUUCACCAUUUGCUUCUCCUGGACCUUCAAGUCAGGCUUAUGACAACUUAAGCCUAAGUGAUCACUUACUAAGAGCAGUACUAAAUCUUUUGAGAAGGGAAGUUUCUGAGCAUGGGCGUCAUUUACAGCAGUAUUUCAACCUAUUUGUAAUGUAUGCCAAUUUAGGUGUGGCAGAAAAGACACAACUUCUAAAACUGAGUGUGCCUGCUACCUUUAUGCUUGUGUCUUUAGAUGAAGGUCCAGGUCCUCCAAUCAAAUAUCAGUAUACUGAAUUAGGCAAAUUAUAUUCGGUAGUGUCACAGCUGAUCCGUUGUUGUAAUGUUUCAUCAAGAAUGCAGUCUUCAAUCAAUGGCAAUCCUCCUCUUCCUAAUCCUUUUGGUGAUGCAAAUUUAUCACAACCUAUAAUGCCACUUCAGCAGAAUGUGGCAGACAUUUUAUUUGUAAGAACAAGUUAUGUGAAAAAAAUCAUUGAAGACUGCAGUAACUCAGAAGAAACCAUCAAAUUGCUACGUUUUUGCUGCUGGGAAAAUCCUCAGUUUUCAUCUACUGUCCUCAGCGAACUACUCUGGCAGGUUGCAUAUUCCUAUACCUAUGAACUCCGGCCCUAUUUGGAUCUGCUUCUACAAAUCUUACUGAUUGAGGACUCUUGGCAGACUCACAGAAUUCAUAAUGUACUUAAAGGAAUACCAGAUGACCGAGAUGGACUAUUUGACACAAUCCAACGCUCUAAGAAUCAUUAUCAAAAAAGAGCAUACCAGUGUAUAAAAUGUAUGGUAGCUCUCUUCAGCAAUUGUCCUGUUGCCUAUCAAAUUCUUCAGGGUAACGGAGAUCUUAAAAGAAAGUGGACCUGGGCAGUGGAAUGGCUUGGAGAUGAACUUGAAAGACGGCCAUACACGAGCAAUCCUCAGUACACAUAUAACAAUUGGUCUCCUCCAGUUCAAAGCAAUGAAACAUCAAAUGGUUAUUUCUUAGAGAGAUCACAUAGUGCAAGGAUGACACUUGCAAAAGCUUGCGAGCUCUGUCCUGAGGAGGAGUCAGAUGACCAAGAUGCCCCAGAUGAGCAUGAGUCACCUCCACCUAAAGAUGCUCCAUUGUAUCCCCAUUCUCCUGGAUCUCAGUAUCAAAAGAAUAACCAUGUACAUGGACAGCCAUAUACGGGCCCAGCAGCACAUCACAUGAACAACCCUCAGAGAACUGGCCAGCGAGCACAAGAAAAUUAUGAAGGCAGUGAAGAAGUAUCUCCACCUCAGACAAAGGAUCAAUAAAAAUGCACAUAAUUAGCUGGUUUCACCAAGACUGUGCACCCAGGCCUUACAGUCCAACUUUUUCUGUGUCUGGCUAAUAUUUAAAAUUAGAAAACUAUUCCUAAUCAACUUGGAGUAGUGGAGUUUAUUCACUGUCUUAUCUGCAGAAAUUUGCUGUCUAUAUAACCCGCCUGCAGUGGAAAGUGUAAAGUGUUUUGUAAUAAAUGGCCUGAUGCUAAUGUGUAAAUGACAAAGGUGUAUAUAGUAUAUUAAUGUUUGACUGUUAAUUCUUGAGCAAGAACCUUUUUCUUGAUGAGACUCACAGAUCUACAAAAACUACAGAAGUUGAUUUUCUUGUUAUACCCAAAGCACACUGAAACCAGUGUUGCCUGCCUAAUGGCAGUUGGAUCAACUCCUUUACAAAAACAAACAAACAAAAAAAAACAAAGCAACAGUAACAAAUCAGAGCCCAUCCAUGUCACCCACAAGGAUAGUUUCAUGUUAAUUCUUUACCACUGGAAUCAGUUUUACUAUGAGCAAUGUAAGGCUGGUAACCUUUAAAUUAUUUGUUUGAUGUCGGAAAUUGGUGAUGUAACAUUGUUUCUAGAUCUUUUCCUUUGACUUCUUAUUCUGAUAAUAGGUUAAUCACUUUGAAGCUGUAGUUAUGCUGUAACAUUUAGCAUGGCUUCACACCAAAUUAGUCUAGCCAAUGAGGAAAAAUUUCCAUAAUGACUGCAGUUGUCCCAUUGUGACAGCUGUGUUGCUCGAGCUUUUCCUUCUUACACCUAGAAUUAAAAUAGAAAGCAAGGGGAGAGAUGAGACA